AUCUGCAUUUAACAAUGACCGCAUCAUGUAUUCUCUACUGUCUUAGCCUGAUUCUUUGUCAGGCCACGGUAAAUGGGGCAUGGUUGCUCUCGCAGGCGGGCUUAAAUGGCUCCAGUUAUAAUGUGCGUCAUCUGUCCAUGCACUUUUCGCGAGUUUUUCUUAGCAUCAGUGUGGAAAACAAAAGAUUCCCCACCUUAAUCGAGGCCCAGUGGCCGGUUUCUUAUCUGCCGAUGCGUACAAUCAUCUUCCCCAGCAACGAAGUUCACGCAAAUGGAGAUCAUUCGGACUGCACGCUCCUGCAACAGGCUCACUGGUCGCAGGUAGAUAGUCUGAGCCGUUUGUGGGUUAUGGAUGUGGGUUGGCCGGGUAGUGAGUGUCCACCCAAGCUGUUAGUCUUUGAUUUGAUACGAAAUAAUAUUGAGCUCCUGCGCAUUAAUUGUGGCCAACACAUAGAUGCUAACAAUACCCAAAGCUUGGUAGUACAAAUGCCGCCAAAACCCAGCAGCUGCGAGGUGGAGCGUCACAUCUACUUCAUAUUAGGUGAAAGUUCUAUGAUACUGGCGUACGACAUUUUAGAACAAACUUGGCAUAGUUGGCGACUUAUUAGUCACAAGUAUGAGAACAUGAAUCAAACGUUUCCAAUUCAGCCAUUGGAUUUUUCAUUCGGGCUUCAUGGGGAACUUUUGGUCGUCGAUCAGGAUGGUGGACUCUACAGCUCUGGCAGGGCAUUGAGUUUGAAUGACAAAUCAAACGGUAUAGCUCUGAACCCUAUUCAGCUUAACCCCCUCGGCAGUCUCUUGGGCAGCAGUCGCAGCAUGCUGAUAGAUUACACCGGUUCCUUGUUCUACGUCAUGCCUAAAUACGGGGCAGUUGUUCGCUGCUCCCGUCUAUCGAAUCUCACAGCGGAGGGCAAUGAAAUUAUUUAUUUGACUUCGAAGAAUAUACAGCAAAUAUUCCUUGGCGUCGAUGGAGCGGUAUGGGUUCUCAGCGAUCGGGUGCUCAAGCCGCAGGAUAUAUGCUAUCCAGGAUUGCUGUAAAAUGCAGAAAGGAGCUAAACUAAGAUAAUCAUAUAUGUACAUAUGUAUGUAUAUAUACAUAUGUAUGUAUGUAUAUAUAUACAGUUCAAAAUACAAAUAAAUCUGAAUAGUUUACCAUUUAGAAACUUU